UCUCAAUUCGUUACCAUGGCUGAGUCCGAUUGCAGCACACCAGGCGAAUAUCUGUUGGCCCAGUUCACAGUCUGUUCACUUUCCACUCAUAUCACUUCUCUUGAUGGACUUUCUUCCCUUUCUUCUGUUGAUGGCUACAGUCGAUCACUUCUCUUGCUCGCUGAUUCAGAAGCUGGCAUGAAACCCCGUCUUAUCUCUAUUCUGAUAUAA